AUGGCUAUAUGUAGAUUGGUUGGAUAUCCAGAUCUGUUUAUCACAUUCACCUGCAACCCCAAGUGGCCCGAGGUACAACGCUUCUUGAAGGAUCGAAAGUUAAAAGUUGAAGAUCGUCCUGACAUAAUAUGUAGAUUAUUCAAAAUGAAAUUGGAUGCUCUAAUCUCAGAUUGUCGGAAGAACAAGUUAUUUGGGCCAGUGAUGGGAGUCAAUGGACAUCAUAAUGUUGACAAUUUGGACAACAUUAUUUCCGCUGAGCUGCCUGAUCAAGAAGCUGACGCAGAAUACUUCAAAGCAGUUGAGGAGUUUAUGAUGCAUGGACCUUGUGGGAAAGCCAGAUUCAGUUCUCCCUGUAUGGCAAAUGGUAAAUGUACUAAACAUUUUCCCAAAAAGUUUGUUAAUUGCUCAACUUUUGAUGAGGAUGGCUAUCCUAUAUAUCGGAGAAGAGACAAUGGUCGGUCUGUGACGCGCAAUGGGAUUGACUUGGAUAAUAGGUACGUGGUAACACACAAUAGCCAUUUGUUGUUAAAGUAUAGGGCUCAUAUUAAUGUUGAAUGGUGUAAUCAGUCCCGUUCAAUCAAAUACCUAUUCAAGUACGUGAACAAGGGUCAUGACAGGGUAACAGCAGAGUUUUACAGAACCAGCAAUGAUCAAGAUGGUGCACAAGUUCUGGAUGAAAUUAGUAUGUACUAUGAUUGUAGGUACAUAUCUCCGUGUGAAGCAUCGUGGCGGUUGUUCGGUUUUGAUAUACAGUUUAGGACACCAUCAGUGGAACGAUUAAGCUUUCACUUGCCGAACCAACAAAGUGUCGUUUUCGCAGAUGAUGACCCCGUUGAUAACAUACUCAGUCGGCCAACAAUCUUGCAAAGCAUGUUCCUAGAGUGGUUCGAGGCAAAUAAAAACUUCCCAGAAGCAAGAAAGUUGACAUAUGCUGAAAUGCCAACAAAGUUUGUAUGGAAGAAAGAUAUUCGAAAAUGGCAGCCCAGAAAAAGAGGAUUCUCUAUCGGUAGAGUUUUCUAUGUGCCUCCUGGAUCAGGGGAAAUCUUUUAUUUAAGGUGUCUGUUGAAUAAGGUCAAAGGUCCGACAAGUUAUUUAGAUAUAAAAACAGUGGAUGGUGUCCAAUAUGAUUCUUUUAGGGAUGCGUGUUGUGCAAGAGGAUUAGUAGAUGAUGACAGGGAGUAUGUUUAUGCUAUAGAAGAAGCAAGUCAUUGGGCCACAGCUGUGAAUCUUAGAAGAUUAUUUGUCACUCUCUUGAUGACUAACUCAAUAGCAAAACCAGAGGUGGUUUGGGAGGCUGCGUGGAUUCAUUUGUCAGAUGAUGCACAAUUCAAGAUUAGAGAACAAUUGGGAAAGCCAGAUUGGAUUAUAUCUGAAGAUGAGAAGAAGAAUUUUGCACUUACGGAGAUUGAAAUAAUGCUUUCAGCUAUGGGAAAAAGUUUGAAAGACUUUCCGGGGAUGCUGAUAGCCGAUGUAGUUAAUCACUGCAGAACAACCAAUCGGUUGAUACAGAAGGAAUUGGCAUAUGAUACUAUUGCAAUGAAGGAAGAGAAUGAUGCUUUGGUGGAUAAACUAACUGAAGAGCAAAGAACAAUAUAUGACAAUGUUUUGAAAGAUGCUGAGAAUAAUCUUGGAGGACUAUUUUUUGUUUAUGGAUAUGGUGGAACGGGUAAAACAUUCUUGUGGAGAGCAUUAUCUUCUGCAAUAAGGUCAAAGGGUGAGAUAGUACUGAAUGUUGCAUCAAGUGGCAUAGCUUCCCUUCUAUUACCAGGUGGUAGGACUCCACAUUCAAGGUUUGCCAUUCCGAUCGUUGUUAAUGAAGAUUCAACCUGUAAUAUCAGCCAAAACAGUCCUUUGGCACACUUGAUCGUGCAAAGCAGGUUGACCAUUUGGGAUGAGGCUCCAAUGAUGCAUAAAUUCUGCUUUGAAGCGUUGGACCGAUCUAUGAGAGAUAUAAUGCGUGUCAAAAAUCAUAACAGCUUCGAUAUGCCUUUUGGUGGAAAAACAGUGGUGUUAGGUGGAGAUUUCAGACAAAUUCUACCAGUCAUUCCAAAGGGCACUAGACAAGAUAUUGUGCGAGCAACUAUAAAUUCAUCCUAUCUUUGGAGAAGCUGUAAAGUUUUUAGGUUAACAAAAAAUCUAAAGCUUAGAUCUUUGAGAUCAGAUAGUGAAGUUCAAGAGAUUGCUGAUUUUGCAAAGUGGAUUGCUAAUAUAGGUGAUGGAACCAUUGGUGAUUCAAUGGAUGGAGAAUCUGAGAUACAGAUUCCCAAUCAAUUUUUGCUCAGUUGUGGAGAGGAUCCUAUUGCUACAAUUGUUGAUAGCACUUUCCCUAUGUUUCGCAGUGGCCACAGAGAUAAUGAGUACCUAAAAGAUCGUGCCAUACUUGCACCUACUUUGGAUGUUGUAGAUACAGUAAACGAAUACAUGAAUGACUAUAACAAUGCUGAAGGAAGGACCUAUAUCAGUUGUGACUCCAUAUGCAAAUCUGAUUCUAAUGUUGACAUGCUGGCGGACCUGCACACACCGGAGUUUUUAAAUGGAUUACGAUGUUCGGGAGUUCCAAAUCACUCAUUGACUCUCAAAGUUGGCUCGCCAGUGAUGCUGUUAAGAAAUAUUGAUCACUCACUGGGGUUGUGCAAUGGGACAAGGAUGAUUAUUUCAAAGUUAGCGGAUCAUGUUUUAGAAGCUAAAAUACUCUCCAGAUCAAGUGCUGCCUCGGACCGCUCAGUUGUCGCCCGGUAG